AGAAAUUGUAAUUAAGAUUAUAGCACCUCAUCCAAAGAUCUUAAUCCGCUUGUCAAGGAUCCACUUCACUUGUUAGCAGGCUCAGAGCCUACGUGCAGGCAUUUAAUAAGGUGUCUAGAUAUGAAUUAGUUUUCUAACCAACGGCACCAGUCUUGUAAUUAUCUGUCCCUGCUUUUGUUGAGAUGAUAUCUCAUCUUUCACAAAAACGGGCCGUCGAUGGCAUGAUUUGCAUAACACAUCACUGGUACAGAGGCUCAACUUAAUGUGCACGUCUGCUCUGGGCUCUAGCAGCAUUUAUUUUACCCUUAAUAUAAACAGGGGCGCUUUGAUAGAAGAGAUGUGCUGUAAAAUACCUCACGCUCCUCCUCAAGGAUGUUACAGACACACAGACCUUCCAACAGUAACAUCUGCUGCCGUGAGAUGCAAGAUGUGUUUGCAUGCACAUAUGCAUAUACAUGUGCAAGUAUAUUCAUACGUGUAUGAACAGUUCUUGUAUUUUUACAUAUUUUACAAGCUAUUUUAGAGUGAAUCCUAUUUGUUAACAAAAGAACCCCUCUGCUUGCUUUGGCAUUCUCACAGUUUGCCUUCAAAGACAGGAUGGCUGCAAUGGAAAAACACUCACAGGCUUUCUUCAAAGCCUGCUGAUUCUGGGACACCGAGCUGGGACAUGGACAUCAGCAAAGUGCCACAAGUACUCCGGCCUCGAAGGCAUGGUGUGGAAGAGGGGGCAUGGUGCACAGCCACCUCAGCUACUUGUCUCCUGCCUCUGCCAACUCCCAUGCCCCACAGAAUUACUUCCUGGAAGACAGUGGCAUUUAGGCAGCUCUUCCAGAGCUGCCUAAACACGUUCUGCAUGGUUAGCAUCAACCUAAUGCCACAAACUUGUAAAGCCAGCCUCUAGCUGCUGCAUAGCUGCUGUCUGGGUAUGAGUUAUCUACAGGGUAAGAGCCUCACCUGCAUGGAGGGCAUUAAUCACCCUCAGGGGAAUGCUGCUGUGGUUUGGCUGAGCAAAGCUGUCCGAAGGAUAUCGAGACUGGAAUAACCUCUUGCCAUCACUUCAGCAUGAUUAUUAUCUGAAAAUACUUCUGCAUAACUGUUAAAAAGUUUACAGAUUUUGCUCUUGGAAAAAAUAGUCUCCUAUCCCUGCAUACAAUGCACUGAAGUGGAAAAGAUGCUUGACCAUGGACUUGUUUGUUCUUCCCCAGGCUGUCAUUUAAACUCUGCAUACUCAGAGAUCUGUGUACAAAGUGCUUGCUGAACUGGCUGCCAAAUGAUGAGAACACGGUGUUUCAGAGUGUCUUGAACCUUGGUGGCCCUGUUCCUGGGAGGUGCUAAGCAUCGUUGCUUCACAUGGAGUACAGUCUGUAGCCAUCAUGAAGCACUGUGUGACCUCUUGCCUGGGUGGCAGAGGAGACCUUUCUCAUCACCAGCCAUAGCAGCAGCUGCGAAACAAGGGCAUACAAAGAGAUACUGUCCACCUCACCCUCGAGCUGCCCUUCAAGGAAGGAAUGUCCUCCUCAUCCUCUUCAGCAUUGGAGACUGAGAUCUUCCAGUACAUUGAUCUGCAUCAAAGUGAUUUCAUUAAGGAUCUCAAGGAAUGGGUGGCUGUGGAAAGCGAUUCUGUGCAACCAGUCCUGAGGAAAGAAGUUAUGCGAAUGAUGGCGUUGGCAGCAAGCAAACUUGAAGCUUUGGGAGCCACUGUUAAUUCAGUAAACCUGGGGUCACAUCAGCUCCCUGAUGGCCAGCACCUCCCACUGCCGCCUGUUAUUCUCGGGGAGCUUGGCAAGGAUCCACAAAACCCCACUGUCUGUUUCUAUGGCCACGUGGAUGUGCAGCCUGCCAGAAGGGAAGAUGGCUGGAAAACUGACCCUUACACAUUGACCGAAAUUGAUGAAAUCUAUGGGACAAAUCCAGCAGCUUUACAUCUUGAUGUUAGUGCUGUGACUGGAAAUCUCUAUGGCCGUGGAUCAACAGAUAAUAAAGGACCAGUCUUAGCUUGGAUAAAUGCAGUGGAAACAUUUAGAGCCUUGAAAUUAGCUAUACCAGUAAACUUCAAGUUUAUAAUUGAAGGUAUGGAAGAAGCAGGGUCUUUGGGGCUAGAGAAGCUACUUGAAGAAGAGAAACAGUGCUUUUUCUCAGAUGUUGAUUUCAUUGUGAUUUCGGACAACCUCUGGCUCAGCAAGAAGAAGCCUGCCCUCACAUACGGGACUCGGGGCAACGCCUGCUUCUUUGUGGAGGUUGAAGGUGGUGACAAGGACCUUCACUCUGGAACUUUUGGAGGCAUCAUUCACGAGCCGCUGAUGGACCUGGUAGCUCUGCUGGACAGCCUUGUGGAUCCCACGGGUCAUAUUCAGAUCCCUGGAAUCUAUGACAGUGUCGCUGCCCUGACAGAGGAGGAGAGGAAAUUGUAUGAAUCCAUUGAAUAUGAUAUAGAAGAACACAAGAAUAAUAGUGGAGUGAAAAAAUUCCUCUACAGUAGCAAGGAAGAGAUACUCCUGCACCUGUGGUGUUAUCCUUCACUCUCUAUUCAUGGGAUUGAAGGAGCUUUUCAUGAACCAGGAAUUAAAACAGUCAUUCCAGCAAAAGUCAUAGGGAAAUUUUCAAUUCGCCAAGUCCCCUACAUGGACCUUUCAGUUGUGAAACAACAGGUGGAGGAGCACUUGAAGAAUGUGUUUUCCAAGAGGAACAGUCCAAACAAACUCAAAGUGUCUAUGCCACUGGGUGCGAAGCCCUGGGUUGCUGACGUUAAUGAUCCACUAUAUAAAGCAGCAAGAAGGGCAAUAAAAACAGUUUUUGGAGAAGAUCCAGAUUUUAUUCGGGAUGGUUCAACAAUUCCUAUUGCCAGACUGUUUCAGAGCAUAACGCAGAAAAGGGUGAUAAUGUUUCCGAUUGGAGCGGCCGAUGCUGGGGAGCACUCCCAAAAUGAGAAAAUAAGCAGACACAACUACAUUGAAGGAACCAAAGUGUUCGCAGCCUUUUUCCUGGAGAUAUCAAAGCUACGUGGGCAGUUACAUGAAACUUCCAGCCCAGAGACUAACAACUGAUAGACCAUCAUCACAAAAUUAGCAAAGCAUGUGCUUUUUUUAUUAUUAUUAUUUUUAUUUUAUUUUUUUCAGUUUUAGGCUUACUAAUUUCCUGGUCUGGAAAAACAUGUAAAUCACGUUCUAUGUGUUGUAUUUGUGGAAAAAAAUAAAUGCUGUGCAUAAUACAUA